CAUUUCUGAAGGUGGUGUCUGUUUACCACGCGACGUGUUUUGCAUUUACAGAACAUCCACACAACGCCACACCACUUACACCAUAAGCUCAUGCCGUUCGGAACGCACGCUACGCACUUCCAACUGAGGCCUACGAACCAAUUCCCGUGUUGAAGUCCAAACCAGGCCUUUUUCUUGUUCAUUUUGCUCUCUAAACGAAGUUAUGGGUGUUGAUGACACCUCGAUUCAACCUCGUCUUUCUUCGGAAACUACACACUCUUUAAGCAUUCAAGAACAACAGACUUCAAAUCAUGGCGGUAUUAUGAGCAAGAAACACAAGAAGAACCGGAAUCGGCCUCGGGUCCGGUUCUUCACCUCUGAUAAUGAAAACAAGGAAGAAGAAGAGCAUCACGUUUCGGAAUCCGACGAUGCUCAGUCAGUACGGACAAUCAAUGAACAACUUGGUUUAGACGAUAUUCGUGCUAUUGACAACGCCGAUUUCUCAGUCCUUAAUGAGCCUCCUCCUGCUCACGAUGCUUCAGAUACCUAUGAAUCGGCCUCUUCCAUGCGAAAAGCCCUUUCGGCGGAUGCUGAACAAGACAAUAAUGUCCAUGUCUCCUUCCAGGAUGGCUUUGCGAUGGAGAUUCCUUUACAAAAUCUUCCUCCUCCGGUUGAAGAAAAUGCUCCACAGACUCAACGGCUGUUUAUUCCUCCGGAGUUGCUCCGUAUCAAAAAGAAACGUCGGCUUCAUUUCUUCAAUCCGAUGCAAUGGCUCGGUGACAAAAUUGCGGCGUUCUCCAAUAAAGACCAUCGCUAUUUGUCAUCGGGAAACCGUAGAAGAAUCAUUAUCAAUCCUGAGAGUUGUGAGUCUCAAAUCGAUUCACGGAAUGGGAAACCUUUUAUUGGGAAUGAAAUUAUCACAUCUCGGUACACGAAGUACAACUUUCUACCUCUACAGAUCAUUGCACAGUUUUCGAAGGUUGCAAAUUGUUAUUUCCUACUCAUUUCUAUUCUCCAAAUGAUUCCUGGAUGGUCGACCACGGGAACCUAUACAACCAUUAUUCCACUUUUGCUGUUUAUUACCAUCUCGAUUUGUCGAGAAGGUUAUGAUAGUUGCCGCCGUUCCUCUCUCGAUCGUGUUGAGAAUGCUAACCAGGUGAAGGUGUUACGGCAUGUACGGAAUGAAUUUCCUGUUGCCAAAAAAACCCUGCGGACACGGUUUCAUAGACGCCAUCCAAGCUCCGGCAUGACUAAGUGCACAAUGGAUUCUAAAGAAUCCGUUGAAACAAAAGAGGUAAAGGACACGACGAAAGAGUUCAAGGAAGCCGCUUUUACUGCUACAGAGCCGCUGGAAGCAUCAGCUCCGCCGGCAUCUACAUCAUUAAACACGGUCGUGGAGGAAACAUCGACUGCGACAGUAGGACCUGCGCCUUCAAUAGAAGCGACUAUCGCACCCAGUGAUACGGACUCCGUUCGCCCAACUGUUAAUGCUGACCCCUCUGCCAUUCCUUCUACUUUUUUUUGGUCCGAGUGUGAUUGGAAAGAUGUUCGUGUUGGAGACAUUAUUCGGUUAACCUCUGAUGAGGCUGUGCCUGCUGAUGUUAUUGCACUUUCUUGUUCUUCUCCAAUUGGCGCAAUGUACGUGGAAACGGCAGCGCUUGAUGGUGAAACAUCUUUAAAAACAAAGCUCAUCAAUUCAACCUUACAAAAAAGGUGCUGUACUGUCGAUAAAAUUACAAAGCUUCGGGGCGAGUGUAUAUCCGAAGACCCUAAUGGCGAUUUGUAUAACUUUACUGGUGUCUUUAAUCUUGAAGAUUGUAAACACGAAAUUCCCUUAUCGAAUAACGACAUCAUUUAUAGAGGUUCAAUUAUUCGGAAUACGAAGGAGCUUUUUGCUCUCGUUGUGUUUACCGGAGAAGAGACAAAAAUUCGGAUGAAUGCUGUUCAGAAAGUUCAUGUCAAAACACCUGUCAUGCAAAAAAUCACGAAUGGUAUUGUCUCAUUUAUCUUCGUGUUUGUGUUGAGCAUGGCAAUUUUCUGUACAGCCGCUUAUUUUGUAUGGCAAAACAAUAAUGAAGAUAAGUUGUGGUACAUGUUCGGAAACCAUUUGUCCGUCAUGCCCGUGCUUAUAUCCUUCAUCAUUUUGUUUAACACAAUGGUCCCUAUUUCCCUUUACGUUUCUAUGGAAGUCAUUCGUGCUUUUCAAUCCUUCUUGAUUCAAAAUGACUUGGAUAUGUACUAUGAACCUACCGCAACGCAUGCUGUUGUUCGGACAUCCACCAUUCUUGAAGACCUUGGUCAAGUGACACACAUCUUUUCAGAUAAAACCGGAACUCUCACUGAUAACAUUAUGCUAUUUCGGCAUCUUAUAGUUGCUGGCCAGUCCUGGCAGCAUUUAGGACCUGAAAAACCUAAACUUUAUGUGCCCGGAGCUAAACCCGGCGAUAAGUUAGAGGAAUAUAAUGACCCAGAACUUGAGGGUACAACUGUUCAAAUGCUUCGCUGCAUGCACGAGAAUCCGUACACUAACUUUUCUAAAAUGGUUCGCAUGUUUCUUUUGAAUUUGGCUCUUUGCCAUACAUGCUUUCCGACAUUAGAUGAAGAAACGGAUAGUUACAAGUACCAGACCACCUCGCCUGAUGAAUUGGCCCUUGUACAUACUGCGCAACAGCUUGGUUACGUUGUUACCGAAAGGGAUGUGGAUUCCGUAAGCAUACGCCAACAUUACCCUUUGGAUUCUUAUUCUAAACCGACGACGAAGUCCUACCGAAUUCUCAACGUUAUUGAAUUCAAUAGCAAGCGUAAGAGAAUGUCAGUCAUUGUCCGGAUGCCUAAUGGCAGAAUCUGUUUGUUCUGUAAAGGCGCUGAUUCAGUUAUCAUUCCACGCCUCCGUUUGAACAAACUGGCACACAAAAAGUUAAAUACCGUUAACCAACAAAAGAACUUAAAGAAAAGUGUCGAAAUUGAUCGCGCCAUUGCUCGUCAUAGUCAAAGCACUGCUCGGCCUAGUCUUACCGCUUCAAGACCGAGUAUGAAUAGACACCGUCGCGAUUACAUUCAGAAUAUGAACUCGUGGCUUGAUGAACGUCGGGCGAAUAUUCUUGGGCCCCGGCCGCGUUCGAGUACAAGUGUCUUGCAACCUCGUCGUGUUGCUCCUAUGGCUAGACAUUCUCUUGCAUAUGGUGAAAAUGUACAGAGCUUUAGUGGUCAUCAACAUCAGCAUAGAAGAAAUAAUAGCUUCGCUCGAAACUUUAACGAAGCUAUUACUAAAGAUGAUGCCGCCAUGUUUGAAAGUACAUUUUCGAACCUUAACAGUUUCGCCAGUGAAGGUCUACGUACACUACUCUAUACUCACCGUUAUCUUACAGAGGAAGAGUAUUCUGAAUGGAAGAGCCUCAAUGAUGAAGCCGCCUCAAGUUUAACGAAUCGUCAAGAAUUAGUGGAAGCUGCUGCAGAAUUAAUCGAGACCAAGCUUGAGCUGACAGGUGCCACUGCCAUUGAGGACAAACUUCAAGAUGGUGUUCCUGAAACAAUUAACGCUAUUCAACGCGCAGGCAUUAGCUUUUGGAUGCUUACUGGUGAUAAAAGAGAAACAGCCAUUAAUAUUGGUCACUCUUGUGGUAUUAUCAAAGAGUUUUCGACUGUGGUUAUUUUGGGCGUCCGAGACCCGAGUGAAGGCAGUGAUGAAAGUGUCAAAGGAGGUAAACGUUUGUCUAUGGAUCAUCAUAACUUCACGGACCCAUUCUCAAUUAUGAUAGAUCAACUAGUUUCCAGCCAUGAAGCUAUCCGAUUGAAGAAGUUAGCACAUCUGGUUCUUGUUGUUGACGGCUCCACUCUCGAGGACAUCGAGGCAGAUGAAGAUCUAUCGCGGCUGUUCCUUAAUGUUGUUGUUGAAGCAAACGCGGUCAUUUGUUGCAGAGCUAGUCCUAUGCAGAAAGCCCAGAUGGUCGGCAAAAUUCGUGAGUCAAUCGAUAAAUCUGUUACUCUCGCUAUUGGUGAUGGUGCGAAUGAUAUUGCCAUGAUUCAAGAGGCACAUGUUGGUAUUGGCAUUGCCGGACGUGAAGGUUUACAAGCGGCACGCUCAUCUGAUUUCUCAAUCGCUCGGUUUAAAUUUAUGGUAAAACUUCUUUUCUGUCACGGGCGAUGGAACUAUGUUCGACUUUCGAAGUACAUUCUUGGAACAUUUUAUAAGGAGUUAUACUUUUUCUUACAGCAAGCAAUUUUCCAACGGUUUGCGGGGUACACGGGAACAAGUCUUUACGAAAAUUGGUCGUUAACUUGUUUCAACACUUUAUUCUCGUCACUGUGUGUCAUUUGUAUUGGUAUUUUUGACAAGGAUCUGUCUGCUGCAACUCUUAUUUCGGUUCCUGAGUUGUAUCAGACUGGUAUAACGAAUGAAGCCUUUAACUGGCCGGUGUAUUUGGGUUCCAUGGCUGUUGGUUUCAGCCAGGGUUUCCUUGUCUUUUACUGUGCAUACGCUGUUUUUGGUCUCCGUGAUCUAAAUGACGGAACUCUCUUUGCAAUCGGCCAACUUUUGUUUACCAUUUCUGUCAUUCUUAUCAAUGUGAAACUCAUGUUCCUGGAAUUGCGACCAAUGACUAUUGUCCCUUUCAUUGUUGUUGGUCUCACUGUCUUUGUUUGGUUUCUUUUUAACAUCUUUAUCAGUCAGGAGUACUCAGGUUCUGUUGUCUACCUUGCGAAAAGCCAAUUCAUACAUCAUUUUGGUCGGAAUGCUGCAUGGUGGUUCUCAUUAUUUUUCAUUGUAAUUACGGCACUCUUGGUUGACGUUUCAGCACAGUUAAUGCGGCGUUCUGUGAAGCCGACGGAUACGGAUAUUUUUGCUAAUAUGGAGAAUGAUGCUUUUGUUCGUUCUCGUUUUGAACAAGAGAGCUCCGAAUUCCUACGCUCAGAGACCGCUGAUGAAGAAAAGCAGGUUGAAGAUUUUCUAGCGUUCCGCGAGGUAUAAUUCGGUAUGUUUGGGCCAACUAACAGUAGAAGCUUGCUGUUUAUAACCGUUUCAUCUAUCCUUCCCAUGUUAAUUUUUGCGUAUGUUCUAUUUUGUUUCAUAUGCUCGCUUCUAAAUGAUGCCCUUACUGCCAUACUACUUGUUUUUAGGUUGUUCGCUUAUGUAUCCAUCCGUCUCUCUUGUCUCAUUUUUUCUAUUUAUUUUCCCGUAUUAACGCUGGCUUGGUGCCGACCGACUCAUCAUUUCCUUGUUUUCUUUUGGCAAUCCUCCCAUUGGACGCAUCAUUCAUUUCGGUUUACUCUUCCCUGACAAAGCCAAUCUUUGGUAUUCGGUUCAUUACAACAAACUAAUAAGCGAACUCCUGGUCUGUUCUUGCUCCAUCCUGAGCGACAAUUACAAUUCCGAUCUAUAGGAAGAUCGGUUUUACAAAUCAAAGGAAGAAUGCUGGAAAUUUCUUUCUCUUCUCUCCUUUGUGACAACGGGGCAUGCUCAACCGGAGCAAAAGCACCUGGUUCAAGUUCCAUUUUCUCUCCCCAACAGUACCCUCCUCUUUACUUUCAACAGACCAAAGUCAUGGUACAGUAGCAGCAGUCAACGUCGCCCGUCGCUAGUGAAUAUCUCGUCUUCAACGAUGCAAUUCCCCGCCUCUCGUCGACUAUACUAAUAAACCGCUGUUACGAGCCCAAUUUACAUCAAUGAUGUUUAGUCUACUGAUUCCGGCCUUGAGAACCUCCAGUGUUUGCUCUCCUUUAUGCCUGAUGGGUAAUGUAUUUAUAGUGGCGCGAAUUGUUUAAUAAGAGCUUUUUUUACGUUAUCAGAUGACGGUUAGUUUUGAUCUCCUUCACCCGUGG